UCAUCCUCGGGGUCGAGUGCGGCAGCGCGGCAGCUGGGGCGCCGCCUAGGGCUCGGGCUACGCCGCCGAGAUGGACGUGGAAAGCGGACUCCAAGCCAUCACGGCCCGCCUCGGCCGCUUCCACGUGGUCCUGUGCGCCCUGCUCUCCACCGCCUACGUGUACCAGGCCCUCUUCAACCUCAGCUUCGUCUUCACAACGAUGCGCUCCGAGCACAGGUGCCUGGUGCCGGACUGCGAGACGAACGCCUCCCUGACGGACAUGCGCCCCUCCUGGCUGGAUGGCACUGUUCUCCCGGCCGACACCUGCAGCCCCUUCAUGCUGGACGUGCAGUGCGGGGGCCGCGAGCGCGCCAACGUCACCGUGCGCUGCGACCAGUGGGUGUAUCCGGACAAGGACCUGUCGAUCAUGACGGAGUGGGACCUGACGUGCUCCAACGACUGGCUGAUCGCCAUGGUCGGCACGGCCAACAGCCUGGGCCGCGCGCUGGGGCUGCCGCUGUUCGGCUACGUGUCGGACGUGCUGGGGCGCCGGAUCGCGCUCCUCGUCGGGCUGGGCGUGUCCUGCUGCCUGGGCAUCGGCCGCUCCUUCGCGCCCAACUACGCCACCUUCGUGAGCCUCGAGUUCCUCGACCCCCUGUUUUACGACGGCAUCGGUGGCGCCGCCUUCAUCAUGGGGAUGGAGCUGAUGCCCACCCCGGCCCGCGGCGCCUGGUCCGCCGUCACCCACGUCAUCUUCGCCUUCUCGCUCGCCUUCCUGGGCGUGGUCGCCUGGCUGCUGCCGCACUGGAGGCUGAUGCUGAGGGCCAUCUACGGCUCCGCGCUGCUGUGCCUGGCCGCCCUGUGGUUCGCUCCCGAGUCGGUUCGCUGGCUGGCGUCAAAAGGGCGCUCAGCCGAGGCCUUCAAGAUCAUCAACAAGGCUGCAAAAAUGAACGGCAUCCCUGACUUCACUCCGCCUCCACGGGUGGCGGCGGCCGCGGCCGCGGCGGUGGACGACUCCGGCAAAGACCCGAAGGCCGCGAAUACCUCCCCCCAGUCCAGCUUUUCGGCGGACGUCAAGGAGUUCUGUCGCUCGCGCAUCCUCGUGCUGCGGCUCGUCGUCAGCUGCCUCUGCUGGGUCGCCAUCAUGUUCGUGUACGACGGGCUGGCCGUGUACUCCGUCUCGCUGGCGGGCAACCAGUACGUCAACUUCAUGCUGGUGGAGCUGGUGGAGGUGCCGGCCGCGCUCAUCGCGUGGAAGACCAUGGCGAUGGCGGGCCGGCGGGCCACCCUCAUGUACUCCAUCGUGCCCGCCGCGGCAUGCUGCGUGUCCUACCACUUCCUCCCAGCGGCCCCCCACGAAGCGGCCUGGGCCCGUACCGCGGCUGUCUUGCUCGCCAAGCUGUUCGUGACCGUGGCCUACACCGCCACCUACGUGCUGGCCGCGGAGCUGUUCCCCACCCGCCUGCGCCACACGAUGUACGCCCUGAGCGCCACCUGCGGCCGCCUCGGCUCGGCCCUCGGGCCGCAGAUGCCCCUGCUGCGCGCCUACAUGGAGUCCCUGCCGCUGCUCGUGUUCGGCGCCGUGUGCUUCCUCACAGGGCUGCUUGCGCUCACCGUCCCCGAGACGGCCAACGUGGCGCUGCCGGACACGGUCGAGGAGGCGGAGGCCAUCGGCAAGACGAUGAAGAAGAGGGGUCCCCUGGAGGACAUCGAGCUGCCUCACAAUACCGCAUCGCGCGGUGCUUCAAAUACGUCAAACACUUGAUACUAUUUUUUUUAAAAACGAAAUUGUUUUCUUUUACUUCACUUCAAAUCUCAUAGAGGAUUUACGUUUGCA